AUGAUUAUCAAUCACAUUGGUGACACGGGAGCACGGGCGAUCGGACUUGCACUUCGGAACAAGACCAGGCUGACGAUGCUCUGCCUCGGCAUGAACGACAUUGGUGAUGUCGGAGCUCGUGCCAUCGCCGAAGGGCUGCAGGCGGCGACCGCACUAGCUUCCUUCGAGAUGCAGGCCAACAAAAUCGGCGACGCUGGUGCACAGGCGAUCGGCUCUGCACUUCGAAACAAGGCGAAACUGUCUGUUCUCUACUUGGAAGAGAACAAGAUUGGUGCUGUGGGAGCUAGUGCUAUCGCUGCAGGCCUACAAACGUCGAGUGCGCUGACCGAGCUCAGGAUGGAAAAUAAUCAAAUCAGCGACGCGGGAGCACAGGCGAUCGGAUCUGCCCUUCGCAACAAGGCAAACCUGUCAAUCCUCUCCUUGAGCGAGAACAUGAUUGGUGAUGCCGGCGCUCGUGCCAUCGGUGAAGGCCUGCAGACUACAUCGACUUUGCUGACAACGCUCUGGAUGGAUAAGAAUCAAAUUGGCGACGCGGGAGCUCAGGCGAUCGGAUCUGCGCUCCGGAACAAGGCAAACCUGUCCACACUCUACUUGGACGAGAACAAGAUUGGCGAUGCCGGAGCUCGUGCUAUCGCUGAAGGCGUACAGGGAUCGACAGCGCUAACUGAACUCAGGAUGCACCGCAAUCAAAUCGGUGACGCGGGAGCCCAGGCGAUCGGUCCUGCGCUUCGAAACAAGUCGAAACUAUUGCGGCUCCACUUGGAACUGAACCACAUUGGUGAUACCGGAGCUCGGGCUAUCGCUGAAGGCCUGCAUGCGUCAACUGCGCUGACUGACUUGAGCAUGAGUUCGAAUCAAAUCGGCGACGCGGGUGCACAGCCGAUCGGAUAUGCGCUCCGGAACAAGGAGAACCUGUCAACGCUUGACAUGAGCAGUAACAUGAUCGGUGAUGCCGGAGCACAUGCCAUCGCAGACGGCCUGCUGACAUUACCUGCGUUGACUGAGCUCAAGCUCGAAAAAAAUCAAAUUACAGACAUGGGAGCACAGUCGAUCGCAGUUGCGCUUCGGAACAAGAAGGCACAGCUGUUCAGGCUCUGCUUGAACUGGAACAAGAUUGGUGAUUUCGGAGCUCGUGCCAUCGCUGAAGGCGUGGCGGUGUCGACCGCACUAGCUUCGCUCGAGAUGAACAACAAUCAAAUCGGCAACGUGGGUGCACAAGCGAUCGGAUCUGCUCUUUCGAACUUGGUCAACCUGUCCUUCCUUGAUUUGAGCUACAACAAGAUUGGCGAUGUCGGAGCGCGUGCCAUCGCUGAAGGCCUGCAGGCAUUGACUGCACUGACGAAGUUCCGGAUGAACAACAAUCAAAUCGGUGACGCGGGAGCACAAGCGAUCGGAUCUGCGCUUCGAAACAAGGCCAACCUGUCUACUCUCGAUUUGAGCAGGAACAAGAUCGGUGAUGCUGGCGCUCGUGCCAUCGCCGAAGGCCUACAGACGUCGAAAGCGCUGACUGAGCUCGUAAUGAGUUCGAAUCAAAUUGGCGACGCGGGAGCAAAGGCGAUCGGAACUGCGCUUCGGAACAAGGCAAACCUGACGAAUCUCUGCUUGCACGAGAACAAGAUUGGCGACGCUGGAGCUCGUGCCAUCGCUGAGGGACUGAAGACAUCGAAAGCGUUGACUGAGCUCGGGAUGUACGCCAAUCAAAUCGGCGACGCGGGAGCACAGGCCAUCGGAUCAGCUCUUCGGAACAAGGCAAAGCUGUGCCUCCUCGACUUGGGCGAGAACAAGAUUGGUGACACUGGAGCUUGUGCUAUAGCUGAAGGCCUGCAGGGGUCGACUGCGCUGACCGAUUUCCGGAUGAACAACAAUCAAAUCGGCAACGCAGGUGCACAGGCGAUCGGAUCUGCGCUUCGGAACAAAGCAGACCUGUCUAGUGUCCACUUGGGCAGCAACAAGAUUGGCGAUGCUGGAGCUUGUGCCAUCGCCGAAGGCCUGCAGACGACGACUUCGUUGAUACAGCUUUGGAUGCACGCCAAUCAGAUUGGUGACGUGGGAGCCCAGGCGAUCGGAUCUGCGCUUCGGAACAAAGCAAACCUUUCUGUACUUCUUAUGGGCAGUAACAGGAUUGGUGAUGCCGGAGCGCGUGCCAUCGCUGAAGGCCUGCAGACGUCGACUGCGUUGACUCACUUCAAGAUGCACGUCAAUCAGAUUGGUGACACGGGAGCACUGGCGAUUGAAUCGUCGCUUCGGAACAAGCCGCUGCUGGCCAUCCUCCAUCUGUCCCGCAACCAGAUCUCUGCAAGUGCUGUUCAGCGUCUAUCCCAAAGCGUUCCCGCAGGUUGCGAGUUCUCGGCGGAAAAUCAGAGCAUCAUUCCCCCGAGUCCAGGCCCCGUCGCACCCACGCCCGCUCCUCCAUCCAAUGCUGUCAGCGCACCUCUCGUGGCGUCCGAUUCGAUGGCUCGGCAAGUUGGUCAACAACUCCAAUCGCGUCAAGUGGAACCAGCUCAGCCCUCGUCCGCUGCACCCAUCAACGCCACCAUUCCGCGAGUGUCGUUGCAAGUUCUGUCGCAAGCCACAAUGCAGUUUUCAGAGUCCAAGCGCAUCGGUGGCGGUGGAUUUGGCAGCGUCUACUCUGCUGUCUGGAGCGGUCGGCAAGUUGCGGUCAAACGCUUGGCGGCCAAUUCAACCCAAGGCGUCGCUCAGUUCGAAGCAGAGCUGGAAUCUCUCUCUCGUUUCCGUCACCCGAACAUUGUCACCAUCAUGUGCUAUGCUCAGGAAGGCAACGAGCGCUGCUUGGUCUACGAGCUGAUGGCAAACGGAUCUGUUCGCGAGCGUCUGGAUCGCAAGGGUGGCACGCCUGCAUUGAACUGGGCUCAACGCCGAAACAUUGCGACCGAUAUUGCAACCGCCAUGCACUUUGUCCAGACUGCCAUUCCGCGGCAGCCACUGUUCCACCUGGAUCUCAAGACGAGCAACGUGUUGCUGGAUGCUGACUUUCACGCCAAAGUCGCCGACUUUGGGCUGACGCGCUCUGUGCCAGCUCAAGUCGAUGAACACAGUUACAUUCGUACGCAGACUGUUCAAGGCACACUGCAGUACAUCUGCCCGCAGUACCACCAGGAAGGCAAGGUCUCGAUCAAAACGGACGUGUACUCGUACGGCAUGAUUCUGCUUGAGCUUGUGACUGGACAGCAGCCCAGCAUCGACCUGCUCGCCAACGUUCGACGCGAGCUGAAAAGGAGCCGUAAAAUUGAUGCGGUGCUGGACAAGGCAAUUGAUUGGAGCAUUCACGACAAGGAGGCGGCACAAGUCAUGGCGGGAGAUCUUGCGGUUGAUUGCCUUGAGCAAGCACGAGUUGAUCGACCGUCGUUCGGCGAGAUCUUGAGACGAUUGUCGGGCGAAGAAGCCGGAGCAAACGAGGAAGACGCUAUCGAGCGUGAGUGCUUGAUCUGUUGCGACGCGCCCACCAAUGCCAAAUUGAUGCCGUGCUGCCACGCAUGCGUCUGUGUUGCGUGUGCUCAAGUGAUGAUCCAGCGCCACGACAACUGCCCGAUCUGUCGAGUUCGUCUGACCUCAUUCCAGGAGGGCGCAUUCAACCACACCUUUGUUCCGUGAGCUGCUCUGGGUGUUUGGUGUUUUGAGAGUACGUUGCGGACCUUUUGCUUCGUGAGCUGCUCUAGGUGUUUGAUGUUUGAGUGUAUGUUGCAUUGCGUUUCUAAUGCAGGCUGUUUUGGAGAUGCACCCGUUUGGUAUCAAUGAACAUGUGUUUCUACUGUA